AUGCAAAAUCCUUAGAUUACAAGCUCUGUAUAUUUUCCAAAACAAUCUUACUUGAGCAAAUACAAAGGAUUUUAGGAAAUGAAAUAAUAGAAAUUUCAUAGUCCACAGGAACGGAAAUUUAAAGAAUGGAAUCAAAAAAAUAAUUAAACAUCUGAUUUUGAAGAAACAAUAGUAAUAACUAAUUCAGCCAAAUAAAUAAUUUCAAAACGAAGGAUUACUUUUGAAAAUUAAAUUAAUAGUGAUGAGGAGUCGUAUUUCUAAAAAAAUGAAGGUUCACUUUCUCAUCGAUACUUAGCAAAUAGCUAAAUGUUGAAAUAAUAGAAAUAAUUAUUACCUUCACUUCCAUGCUAAACUAAUCUUAACUAUAUCAAACCUUAAGCAAGAUAGUUAUUUGCCAAACCAUUUAUUAAAAAACAAAAAAGUCUUGAUCAUGUAGUUUAAAUAUGCUAUUCAAAUAAAUAAUUUGCUUAAUUAAAAGAAGGUGCGAGUUUAAAAUGCUUGUUCAAAACUUUAGUUUUUAAGGAAGAGAAUUAUGAUAAAAUAUUAAUAAUUUAAUUUGAAAAUCUUUUAUUAAAAAGAUCAUGUUCUUUUUGGGAAAACCAGAAUGAAGUAACUAAUUGUGGUAUCAAUUUAGGAACAAACAAUUAAGAAUAAUGUGAGAAUUCCUAUUGCAUUUGUAAUUUAAGGAGAGAAUUCAAAAAUACAUUAAAAAUAUUGUCAAAGGCUUUCAUAAUAAUUUUCUUGGUAUAAAAUGCUAAUUUUAUGAUAAAAUGGCAUAAAUAUCUGUAGGAAUAAAAUUAUUACUAUGAUGCAUUAUACUAAAUUAGAAUAGCAAAAGAUGUUCACAUUGGUGGCAUAUAAUUGAAUAAAGUUUUUAAUGAUUUCUAGAAAUUUAAAUUAUCUAAAAUAAUUUACUUUGAUUCAAUUGAUAUAUCAAAUUCAUCCAAAUUGCAUCCCGAAGACUUAUAGUAUAAAAUACCAAUAACUAAUUUCAACUUAGAAACAUCGAUUUUUCUAUUUAAGAAAAAUAUACAAUAAAAGUAGUUUGAUUCGAAUUUGCUAUAUAACUUAUCCAUGGCAUUUUUUUAAGGCAAGGAACAUGUAAUAAGCAAAAAAUAAGUUUAUUUUGAAAAUAUCGAUUUACAUUUUGUAUUUGAAUAUUAUUCUUCCUAAAAUUAAAUUAAGAAAACUAUCUAAUUAAGAAAACUUAAUGAGUUAAAACAAAAAUAUUAGAGCAUAUUACAUACAUUAAAUUAAUCUCAAAAUAUACAAAUUGAAAAGGAUGAAUAUUUAAUUUAGUGGAUAUCAGCAACAAGGAAUGAUUUUAUAAACGAUUUUAAAAUGAAAAAGAAUGAAAGAGUUCCUCAAUUCUAUUUUACAAUAGGAGAUGUUAUUGUUAGGAAUUAAAAAUUAAAAUGGUAACAUUUUAGUUAUAAGAGUGAAAAAUUAUAAAUUGGAUACGAACAUCUUUGUAAAUAGAUAACUAAACUAAAUUAGGAUCAUGAAAAUUUUGAAAAGCAUUAACAUUCAAUAAAAAUUAAUUGUAUUCUUUGUAUUGAAUGA